UCUAUUAGAUAAGAUAAGAUAAGAUAAGAUGUAUGAUGACGUAUAUGCGUGCAUUACUACCCACUCACUCCCACCACUCAGUUGUCAAACAUGCAUAGUCAUAUCACGCAACAUCUAAAAGACCAAGCUACCUUGAGGCCAUGCUACAACGCAGCCACUCGGCACGAAUUUCUUACAGCUGCUGGUACGCUGACCCUAUCUCCAGCUCGUCUUGCGUUUUGGCUCUGUCAGGAUCGCAUUUAUGCGGCACACGCAUACCCACACUUUAUUGGUCUGCUCAUAUCAAAAAUUCCCUUCGAUGGACCUGCUGUUGAGGAGGAAUUGAACAGAGAGACUCUCGCCCUGCUGACGAUAUGCUUGGAGGGGGUUAUUCGCGAGAUUGCAUUCUUUGAAGGGGUCGCAAAGGAGUGGGAAUUGGAUAUCGAUGGUUGGAAAGAACGGAAGGCCACGCGAGAUUACACAGCUGAGAUGGCGAGGGUAGCUUCUGUUGGUUCGUUGGAAGAGGGACUCGUGUUUCUGUGGGCAAUGGAACAGGUAUACCUCGAUGCAUGGAAGUAUGUAAAAUCCCUGUUCCCUCCCCAAAGUGACUCAGAAGACUAUACUGCAAAUGCGAUUCGCCAACUAACAAACAACUGGACGAGACCGGAGUUCGAGGAAUUUGUCCAGAAGGUGGAGGCUCUGGCAAACAAGCACUUUGCUAGACGUCACCAUGGGCAUUCGCACUCAGCUGUACGUGCGAUGGAGAGUAUUUGGGAGAGGGUUGUGGAACUUGAAGAGAUGUUUUGGCCCGAGGAGGGAGAGGACACCCUUUUGAGGUCGAACGCAUGAAUUCUUUGGAAAAUAACGCCACUUGAUUGUCAUAGCCUCUCAUAGGAGUAUAUUGUAGGAGAGGAGCUCAUGUUGUCUGCCGAAUCGAUAGAUUCGCCUGCAUGGCAAGACUGCUAAUGCUAUACGCAAACUAUGUUCCACAUUCCCACUGUCGCGCCAUGAAGGCCACCGACUCACCG